CAAAACGCGUGAUUUGAACUUCCGUCACCAUGUUCACAUGAACGCGUGGUUUGAAUUCAGAAGAAAAUCCUACAAUCUUGUCUCAUCUCUCAAAGCUUCAAUUCAAUCCGCACAACCAAACUUAGAAGACGAUAUGAAUGAAUAUGGUAAGCUGCUUAAAGAGUUGCAAAUGAACAAUACCACAAAUGAACCAUUAUUAGCCAAGGAAGGAAAAGUUAUUUCACAAUUGAAAGACACCUCUACUAGUAGUCAAAAUCCAACUGGAGCUUUGUGUGCAAUGAAAUUUAACAAACCUAAUGAAAUUGCAAAAUAUGUUUCAUUUGUUCUAGUCAUCGCCAUUAUAUGUUUGGGGCCAUUCUUCGACAUGUGGAUCGAGCCGUCACUUAUGAAACUCCAAAAUGGUCAAGCAUUGGCCUCCUCAAUCAGGCUUCUAGGUUUUAUGGUAUUUGUUUGGGCUGUUUCUAUAAUGAUUCUUGUUGGUGUUCCGUUUGUCCGAAUGCAGAGUUUUGCUCUUAUCUUUUGGGCCAUUUGGAUGCAUAUUAAGUCGUAAACUCAAUCGGUUCAAUCUUUAUCCCAAUAUAUUGGGAAUACGUCUUUUGGUGGGAAGCUUGUAGAAAACUUAGUUGAAGAAUAAAAACAACUGUUUGUGUUUCAUAUAGUAUUAUGUGCUUGUAACUGAUUUUUAUUUUACUUCCUUUCAGUCCUUGUAAUCUGGCUAUUGCACUUGGUAUUUUAAUUGUUAAUUUUGCAACUGUUAUUGUUCAAAUUGAUUGAUA